AUGCGCAUAUCUCUGGAAGACCCUCUUACACUUGCAAUCGCACCUCCUAAAGAUGAAACACCUAAAGAGAAAGAGACACGGGAACAGGCUGAGAUCGAAGCUCGUCGAAUAAGCGAGGAUAUCGACGAGCAAAUCCGUCAAGAACGGACCGUACUCAAAAAGAAGAAGAAACCCGUCAAAGUACUUCUCCUUGGACAGAGCGAGAGCGGAAAAUCUGCUACACUCAAAAACUUCCAAUUACAACAUGCACGACGCGAGUGGGCUGAGGAGCGAGCUUCAUGGCGGAUAGUCAUUUAUUUAAACCUCGUUCGCAACAUUGUCAGGGUCCUGGAUAUCCUCAGUCGGGAAAUUUCACUAGCCGAAAGCGAAAAGCGCCCAGGGUCUACAGGAAUAGAGUAUGUCAGCGAUUCCGACGACGAGACAACCAACCAUGAAAUUGUUUAUCCUUUCUCGGACAAGCAUCGUUUCAUGCAACGGCGUCUCGGCCCAUUACGCAGCAUUCAGAGUGACCUCGAGAACAAGCUCGGUCCUGAAUCGCAAGAGGUUCGCUCCACGGCUUCCAUAUCCGCAACGCCAUUUGAUUCUCCGAGCUUUCAACUACUACCCAAACGCCCCUCGCGAGAUUUUGGUAUCAAUUCAACAAAUGGAUGGAAGUCCGCCUUGGAAAAGCUGCGCCCGUCGAUGAUGGCCAGUGCCCGACCUCAAAGACGGAGUGAUAGCGAUCACGACGAGAUUACUGAUGUGCUCGUUGCGUGCAAGGAAACCAUGCUAGAGUUGUGGCAGGAUCCCAUCGUCCAGCAAGUUUUGUCUCAUCGCAAGACAAAGAUAGAAGAUUCUCCGGGCUUCUUUUUGGAUGACAUGGACCGUAUCGUAUCAUAUGACUAUGAACCUAGCGACAACGACAUUGUUCGUGCGCGUCUACGAACGGUUGGCGUUCAAGAACACAGAGUCGUGAUGGACGACAGCAACGGGAAAGAGUGGCUAUUGUAUGAUGUUGGCGGAACGAGGUCUUUGCGUGUAGCAUGGGCGUCGUAUUUUGACGAUGUCGAUGCCAUCAUUUUUCUUUGCCCAAUCUCUUGCUUCGACGAGCAGCUCCGUGAAGAUCGUCGCAUAAACCGCCUGGAAGAUAGCUAUCUCCUGUGGAAAUCAGUCUGUUCGUCUCGUAUUCUAGCCAAGACCGAGAUCAUUCUCUUUCUUAACAAGUGCGAUCUCCUGCACAAUAAGAUCAAGCGAGGGUUGUCCAUAAAAGAUCACAUCCCGAGUUACGGCAGUCGCAAAAACGAUACCGUUACAGUAAUGAAAUACUUCCAACAACAUUUUAGGGAAAUUUCUAAACAGCAUUCCCCGGAGCAACGGCCGUUUUUCAUCCAUUUCACAUCGGUAAUCGACACCAAGGCGACCGCAGCUACGCUGAGCGUAGUCGAGGAAAGUAUCCUUCGUACUCAUUUACGGAAUGCGGAUCUUCUGUAA